CUUGUGUUGUGCGAGAUGAACGCUGGUUACUCGUGCGAUGAAGAACACUAAUUCUUCAAAUCGUGAAGUCCCUUCUCUAGCAAAGCCAGAGACUCAAAAGAGAGUCAUAGCUGUCAUGUGCUGCAUAUCUACAACUACAAAUGUAUUUUGCUUGCAAAUAGGUGCAGCACUCGUUAUGCCCGAUAGCACCAACACUGAAAGCCACAUACUCACUUAAGAGGAAGCUUUAAUUCGGGCCCAACUCCUACUCAAAACAUGUAAAACGCAAGAAUUUUUUUCUGAGAUAAGCCCUGCACCGAUUUUGAUGAAAUUUGUUGCAUUUGAGAGAGAAAGUUUAAUUCUAGUGACUGUCGGAAGCGGAUUUUCGAUUUAGGGCCUGAAUUUUGUUAAGAGGAUUUUCAGAAAUUCGGAAGUUUGAAACAUAUAGAAGCACGAAGUGUACAAAUUAAUACCUGUUGAUCACGAACAGCUAGCGCGGUUUUGUAAACAGCAUCCAUUAGAUCAUUGAAAGUGGACAAAUUUGAUAUGUCAUCUUAUGUCUUACAGGAAUUUGUUACGCCGUGAAUAAGGGUUCUGCAAAAGCCGUAUUUACAUACUACUCAUUUUAUCGAGAUACAUGUGUAACAUAUCAAUUUUGCCUGCUUCAGAUGUACAAUUAUAUGCAACUCACAGUAUUGUGGUAUCGCUUUUCAUUGCUAAGUUACGUUGUUGUAAACUUGAUAGUUUCGUUUCCUGUGAAUUUUCGAUGUUUAAAAUUGACGACCUAAAUAAAAAAUUCAGAACCAACAGUCACUAAAUUUUAAGCUUUUCUUUUAAAUCCAACAAACCUCGUCAAAUUCGGUGCAGUGGUUGAUGAGAAAAAUGAAUUCUCGUUUUACAUGUAUUUACAUAGGAGCACCCAAGCUAAAGCUUCCUCUUAAGGUACCUUUUGUGGUAAUGGACUUUUUUUUUUUUUUUUUUUUUGCUGAUAAAGAACAUAAUGUGUUUGACUAAAAUGUGUGUGCAGUGGUUCAUGAUGGCAUGGUAUUUAUACAUGUUUUCGUACCAUAAGUGAUAAACAGUGGCCAAAAAAAGAAUCCUCCGCCCGGAGUGAAUGUUAUGGCUAGGGAACUUGUACAAGAUAUUUUUUUUCUCCCAUAAUCUUAUCUAGUGUCAGAAUCAGUUUUUGGUGUCUUUAAUAUCUUUAUAACUGAUUUCAUUUUGAUACAUUUCAAGGAAAGUCCAAGAGCUAAGGGUGCACAGCGUCUUAGGGGUGCUAUUGUACCUACCGCAUAAAUUUUAAUUUGCAUAUCAUGAUUCACAUAAUAAAAGCUCACAGCACAGUACAUUGGCUGCAGCAACUUUUAGGUAAAUUUCUUUGCACAAAAUUUUAAAAAAGGCUUGCCUGAGAAAAUUUCACUUUUUCUUGACAUUAAAACAGUAAAAUUUGCACAACGCAAGAACAUGUACGUGUGUCAUCACGGCCAAUGUAAUGGGUAUGGGUAACUUACAUUUGUGGUAAAAGCUUCUUUAGGAAAAGGGAUAACUGAAACCAAAGUUGCUACUAUCAAGGCAUGAUGUCAAGAAGCUGCUAUCAGCAGUGAUUAUGAAAAACAAAACAUAGACAGUGAUAACCACUCAAUAGCACUUGUCAAUUAAAGUCGUGCAUUCAUAUUUGCAUGCAAGAUUGUGUAUGGCCACUGCUUGUUAAGCAAGCUUGAAAAUGUUCUUACUACAAUGUAGGCAGCCAUGGCUUUCACAUCGUGGCUAUGAUUGCAUAGUUGUCUGAUGACAAGAAGAAUGCUGCAUACAAGGCAGCAUGCACUGCAAAAGCGUACUCUGUUUUGCUGCAAUACAUUUUCACCAUUAGUGUCAUGGCUGGGACUCUGAUGAAGCGCCUGUUGAUAUACGCUUAUCAGCACAACAGUUAUCAUCCAUGAGUGCUGAAAAUGGUCAUGUGCCAUCUAUUACACUGCCUAUUACUAUAAUCACAUGCAGUUAAGCAUUAUGAGAAGUAUUUCUUUACUGAAAACAGAAGGGGGGGGGGGUUGCUGAUUUGUGAAAAAUUUUGGGGCACAUGCCGAGGAGUGCCAAACACAGUUGAAUCCCAGUGUAAUGAACAUGUAUACAAUUAAUUAUUGGAUCUAACAAAUUAAGUCUAAAAUGUUUAUCCUGAUAUUGGCACGGGACGAAUAUGUAUGCUUAUGAAAAGGUAUUUUUUGUGUCGGAUGUAAUUACUUAAAACUAGGUUUAACUAUACCUCGAUGAACAUGAUGAAACUGGGGCGACCGUUAGUGAAACAGUUGGUUCUGCCCGGGUUCCUGUGUUGCAAGUAUUUUGCCUGCAAUUCACAUUUCUCAUGGAUCAUUUGCACAUACUUGUUGUUUUUACAUUGUUAUUUUCGCUGCACUCUUGUGUCAGAUAUCUCUGCCAUGUAUUAGCUGAGUGCUGUACCAGAACAUGCGUGCCAUUUAAUAGCAAUCAUGUCAUCUCUUGUGUCAUGGGUAUUAUUUAUAACAUCUACACUUUCUUUUUUCAUUUUGCUUCAUAACUUCAACAAUAAUUAAUUUUUUUUAAUCCUGUAAGAUAUCAUGGUUAUGAAAUUGUGUAAAUAUUGUGAUGGAAACAGUGAGAGCUCGAGAAGUAAGCAUGUAGGACAACAUAGUCCAUUUCAGCUAACCUACCUUGUCAUCCAAAAUCUGUUCCACAAAUGUUUUCUUAACCCCCUGAUGAAGGCCUCUAACUGCUCUUGAUGACGUUCAUUGCAGUGGAUGUUGCAUAGCAGUCUAAUUGGCCCGAUUAUUUACAAGCAUUGUUUCUUAUCUCAGUUAUCACUCAACCCCGCGUUCCAUUACCUCUGUCAGACAAUGAAUUUCGACCAUGAUAAGAUAAGUGUGGCAGCGGCAUGCUCUCUUUUACAAGAGGUGCAUUGAAGCUGCCUAGUUUCAGCGAUGAAACUCCUCGCAUUAGCCGUCGCAGUUCUUUGUUCUGCUGGCCCAGUGUUUUCUCGCAGUUUGAACCUUCCUGCAAUUUCUGAUGCUGAUAGAGCUUGCAAGGGUGCCCUCAGGCCUGAUAUCAUUGACAAUGACCCUACAUACAUCCUGAGCCCAAACUUUGAUGGAAUUGCGAAGUAUCCUGCCGGCAUAUUCUGUAUGUGGACAUUGCGUACACUGCCAGGCAAGGUAAUCAAUUUGGCGUUCGAGGAGUUCUCGCUGCAAGACUCCCUGGACUGUGUCCGUGACCGGGUGGCCCUCUACGCCGGCGAAUGGCGGCCGCAGCCUGAGCAGCAGCAGCAGUUGGCCGAGAAGCAGCAGAACCCGGUCGCGCUGGGCUCGGCCCUCGAAGACCACGGGUCCGCGACGCUUCUGGCUCGCUGGUGCGGGCCCUGGCUGCCGCGCGACUACGCGCUUCCGGCCAACACUCCAGCCACGCUCGUGUUCACCUCCGGAAGGCAGGGCACACCGGGACUAGGGUUCGUCGCGCGAUACUACCUCACCGACGCUCCCGUCACAGAACAUUGCAAGGAGGAAGAACUGCGGUGCCGCAAUGGCCAAUGCGUGGACGAGCGCAAAAGGUGCGACCGGAACGACGACUGUGGUGACGGAACAGAUGAGGAGAACUGCGGUCCUGAGGUUAGCGGCAACGGGUCGGAGACCUGUGGCCAACCACUGGCCGACCCGUUCCGCUUCCACGGCGACGAGGACGCGUACAUCGUUGGCGGGAGCAAGGCGAAACCCGAGAGCUGGCCGUGGCAGGCAUCGCUCAAGCUGGCCGAGGACCCCGUGUACGGACACAAGUGCGGCGCCACCCUCGUCGACAGGCAGUGGCUCGUGUCGGCGGCCCACUGUUUCCGCACGUGGGGAGAGCCGUCGGAUUGGAUAGUGUACGUGGGAAAGUACUACCUCUUCGAGGACGAAGCUACUCAGCAGCUGCGCUACGUAGAUUCCAUCUUCAUUCACCCUGGUUAUCAGAUGGCCGUUAGACCUGUGCUGGUGGAAAACCGAAAGGAUCACGACAUCGCGCUGCUCAAGCUGAACGCGCCCGUCACGCUCAAUGGACAGGUGCAGCCGAUCUGUUUGCAGGAGCUGCCCGAGCUGGCCGACAACACGACGUGCUACGUCACAGGCUGGGGUGCGACCCGCGAGGCCGAGAUGAGCCCCGUGCUGAAGCAGGCCGCCGUGCUGGUGCUUCCGGUGGACGAGUGCGCCACCUACUACAACGGCACGUGCGUCAUCAACCAGCUGAUGUACUGUGCCGGCUACGAGGACGGCCGACACGACUCGUGCCACGGUGACAGCGGUGGUCCCUUGGUGGUCAAGCAAAGAGGCAGAUGGCAAUUGGCCGGUGUGAUCUCGGGGGGACUCCGAUGCGGGGAGCCACGACACCCAGGCAUCUACACCAAAGUGGCACCACACUACACCUGGAUACGAGACGUCAUAUCGGGAAACGUCACGGAAACGGGAACGGCGAAUAUCGGGAAACGUCAGCGGAAUCUUGAACGGCGUGAGAGGAGGAGGAGUCGAGACCAAACAACGGAUAGUCCCCGUUUUUGACAGCACAAGUACCACCUAAAUGAUUCACUUGAUAGAAAAAAAAAAAAAAAAACCUUAAGCAGUGCAAAAAACAAAAAAGAAAGAAAAGGAAAACACAGUGUGCACAGAGUAAUUUGCAAUAUACUGACUUCACGAGUCAUCAUUUCCGAGUUUUCUAAAUUUAAGCACAGCUUCUGUCACUUUUAGCACUGCGCAAUCAACAAACAUAUUCAACACAUAGGCAAGGAAGUAGUGAAACUUUUUAGCAUGUCGCUACAAGUACCCACUAACCACUACUGCCUUAUGCACAAAUAUGUGGCACCUUUGGGCAUAACAGUAAUGUUACUCUGGUAAUAUCUUGCAAAAAAAAAAAAUUCUGUUAGCAUCAAGGAGAACAUGCAAGAAGCCUUAGCGUCGCAUGCCCGACAUUGCGAGAGUGCUUUCAACCAAGGCGUAAAUAAGAUUUAUUACAAUGUGGGUCGUCCGCGUGUUUAUCCGCAGGCACAGAAGUUUAGAAAAAGAGGUAUUGCAGGUACUUUCGAUGCACAUAAAAGUCCUGCAACACAACAGGAUCUUUCCUAAGUUCUGGGUAAAAGCAACAUCACAAGGUUUCGCUACGAGCGCAAUAUUAUUUUUUUUUUUAUGAAGGCUACGCAUCGCCUAAACUUUAUCGUGGAUUCCGAGAUUGCAGAUGCGCCAGUGCGAUCUUGGAGGCCGCGCUCCCUUAGUGAGUUUUCAAACGCCUCAUGAAUUCGUUAUUACGGUGUGGUAAAACUGUUACAUCUACACUUGAAAGUAAGCGACAACUCCCUGUAGGUAUCGAGUAUGAACAAGCUGCACGGAACAUGUUUAUUGGGGGAAUUGCACUCUUUGGCUAUUAACACAUUUUUAUUGAACAGUCAUAUAGAAACAAUAUGGCAUAACUAGGCCCCUGGCGGUCCGUCAACUACAUGAGUUCUUCAUCCUAAUUGUCGACAUGCUGAAGAAUACUGGUCCUAAUUUUCCUGGAAACCCUGAAAAAUAGCGGAGAGAACAUCAAAAAGACAGUAACGUAUGAAAUUAUUGAGCACAUCUUCUGAAACUUCCUAAGAUGACAUGUAAAUGUCGGUGGUAAUAAAGAGUGGUGCUACUUGCUGCUUGUCAUAA